AUGAUAUCAUUGCCGAACAACAGACGAGGAAUUUUCACUUUCAACGGUCUCAUGGCAGCAGUAGGCGGAGUGGCCUCACAAACACCGAAAAAUGUUUCAAACAAAGAAGCGAUCGCAAAUGCUAUGGCAAAAGUGAUAGAAGAAGAGCCGCCAAAACUUCAGGCGAAAAAGAAAAAGAAGAAGAAAAAGCAAGCUCCAAGAGAAAAAAUGGAACCAGGACAGACCGUGGCAAGCGACUCCUACACGUGGAAAAUCAUCAAACUCUUAGGUUCUGGUGGUUUUGGGGAUGUCUACAAAGUAGUGAAAGAGAAUGAUGACGACAAAAAGGAGUAUGCAAUGAAAACAGAGAUGACAGAAGGAGAUAAACUGAUGCUGCGGCUUAAAAUCGAAGUGCAAGUAUUCACUUUAUGCAACGAAGUCAAAAAUCCAAAAAAGUGCUCACACUUCUUAGCUUUUGUUGAUAGAGGAAAAACACGUAAAUUCAAAUUUCUGGUCAUGGGACUCGUUGGCAAAUCGUUAGAAGACAUUCGUAGAAAUAUACUAUACAAAAAUUACUCGAAACCAACUGCUAUGAAUGCUUCUCUACAAACUCUACAAUCAGUGUGGGAUCUGCAUGAUAUCGGAUAUUUACAUAGAGACAUAAAACCACAAAAUUUUGCUAUUGGACUGGGACGCGAAGAAAGUAUCAUAUACAUGCUGGAUUUUGGUAUCGCUAGAAAGUAUCGCAUUGGUGAUACAAAACAAGUAAAAGUAGCACGACUUUCGGUAAAAUUCUUGGGUACAAUAAGAUUCGCAUCAAGAGCAUGUCAUCUGGGAGUUGAACAAGGCAGGAAGGACGAUCUUGAAACAUGGUUGUACAUGGUAUUUGAUCUAUUUGACGACGAAUGCUUACCAUGGAAGAGAGCAGCCAAUAAGAAUCAGGUCAUUACUAUGAAGGAUGAAUUUUUCAAGCAGAAAUAUCCAAAAAUGUACAAAAUUGUACCAGUCGAAGUUGGACGUAUCGUUAAGUACAUCGAUGGAUUGGCUUACUCCGAUGAACCUGACUAUUUGUACAUAGAGAACAUCUUAAGAGCGAUAGCAAAGGAGAGGAAAAUUGAUAUAAAUAGGCAGCUAGACUGGAUUGGAAAGACGCCAAGGACAAGGGAAGAAGAGGAAAGUGAAACUACAUCAUCGGAUAACCGGAAGACUGGAGAGGAGGACGACGACAGUGAAACUAGGAGAAAUAGGCACAAAAAAUCUGGCAAUACAUUUGCUGGUAAGCGUAUCUCAGUUAUGCGCAGACUGUCAAGGUCGUCGAAUAUCAAAAAGUAGUAGAUGGAAGCCAGUAUGAUAAUGCCUCGGUUUUGAGAUGUAGUGCUACAUAUCAACAGAAAACUAAUUAAUACCGUACACUGUAACGCCUGAUAAAUGAUUAGAAAG